AUGCACGUUUCACUCUGCGAUCAACCAGAUGAAACCGAUCUUAACCGUUUAGUGAAAGAAUAUUUCUCUCUCGAAGGAAUUGGAAUUACCAAACCAGAAAACCCUUUGCUAUCAUCGGCUGACCAGCGGGCAUCAAAUUUAUUACGUGAAUGUACUCAUCGUAAGGGCGACCGCUAUGAAAGUGGCCUGCUUUGGCGGUAUGAUGACAUUCGCCUUCCAGACAGCAAACCAGCUGCUCUACGACGUCUGCUCUGCUUGGAGAAUAGAAUGCGCAAGAGUCCCGCGCUGGCAGAAGCGAUGCGAAAUAAAAUCCAUGAAUAUUUGCAAAAAGGUUAUAUAAGAAAACUAACGCCAGCGGAAGUUUCAGUAAAACACCCACGCACUUGGUAUUUACCAAUAUUUCCCGUUUUCAAUCCCAAUAAACCGGGGAAACUACGCAUCGUCUGGGAUGCCGCCGCAUCCGUCCGAGGUGUCUCGCUGAACUCCGUGUUAAUGACGGGUCCUGAUCAGCUCACAUCCCUCGCAUCUGUUCUUCUUCGGUUUCGUGAGCAUCGAGUGGCCGUCGGCGGCGACGUGCGUGAAAUGUUUCACCAAGUUCUAGUGAAAGAUGAGGAUCAAUACAGUCAGCGGUUCCUUUGGCGUAACACUGAAAGCGACGAACCAGAUGUUUAUGUCAUGCAGGUUAUGACCUUCGGUGCUAGCUGCUCACCAAGCUGCGCACAAUAUGUUAAAAAUCACAACGCGCUCCAGUUCUCUGAGCGCUUUCCCGAUGCUGCAGCUGCAAUAGUGAAAGGUCACUACGUCGACGACCUGCUCAUAAGUGUUGAAACACAAGAGGAUGCCAUUCGUCUUGCGAAAGAAGUUCAGUUCAUACAUGCAAACGCGGGAUUUGAAAUGCAUCAAUGGAUAUCUAAUUCCAAGCAAGUACUUUGUGCAUUGCAGAAUGCACCAACUGCAGAAAAAAACGUCAGUAUCGGUUCUGCAAGCUCUAUCGAGAAGGUACUCGGAAUGUGGUGGGAUACAUCAACAGAUACUAUUACAUACAAAAUUUCACCCCAGUGCGAUCAGGACAUACUAAGCGGCAAACAACCUCCCACAAAACGAGAAAUGCUGAGAGUUCUCAUGAUGAUUUUUGACCCUCUUGGGUUGAUAGGGCACUUUCUGAUGUUUUUAAAAGUUCUCCUCCAGGAAGUUUGGAGGACAAAUGUCGGUUGGGACGAGCCUAUACUGGAGGCGCAGCAGGAAAAAUGGCAUCGCUGGUUGCGUGUAUUACCGGACGUGGAAAACGUACGAGUACCGCGAUGCUAUCGUUUCAAUACCUCAUCAAACUCUACGAAUAAUGUACAACUCCAUACGUUCGUGGAUGCGAGUGAGGCAGGCUACGCGGCUGCAGUGUAUCUCAGAUUCGAAGAACUUGGGCAAAUUGAAUGCUCACUUGUAGGCGCUAAAACGAGGGUAGCCCCGCUAAGAUUCGUCUCAAUUCCCCGACUUGAGCUACAGGCCGCACUCAUCGGUGCACGAUUAGCUAGAUCAAUUGAAGCAUCUCUUUCUCUUCACGUUUGUCGUCGAGUCUAUUGGACAGACUCUAGAAACGUACUAGGUUGGCUCAGGUCCUACCAUCGACGUUACACUCAGUACGUGGCCUAUCGAGUCGGCGAAAUUUUGGAGUUAACUGAUCCUAGUGAAUGGUUGUGGGUUUCCACGAAAGAUAACGUUGCGGAUGAUGGUACUAAAUGGCAUCGGAAGCCGGAUCUAUCAUCCUCCAGCCGCUGGUUUCGGGGUCCAAGCAUCAUUUGGGGUCGAGAAGAUAUCUGGCAACCAGAUACCAGGAUAAUGUACAACACCAACGAAGAACUACGUCCAGCAUUCCUCUUAUCUCAUCGAGUUGCGGUAACUGCAGUUGUGAAUCCGGAAGAUUUCUCAAGUUGGAAGCGACUGCUAAAAGUUGUUGGUUGGGUUUUUCAAUACACCAAUAACCUGUACAAAAAGGCGAAAUGUCUACCCAUUGAAGCCGUUCCAUUGAACCAGGAAAUUCUAAGUAAGGCGCAUAACUACCUGAUUCGCAUAGCUCAACGUCAAGCCUUCCCAGCAGAGUUUUCACUGAUGUCUUCUGCUGAACCACGAUGCUUAAUGUGGAAGGUAUAA